ACCCCGAUCAACUCGUACAGGCGGUAGGUACAGUAAAAUUUCACAUGCAUUUUACGUCCGUUGCCCAAUGAAUGAAACCCUCCGCAGCGGCAUGGAAAGUGAAACGUGCAGGCGGCGUGGUAACAACUUCACCACCGGCGGCACAGACGGCACUUCCCACGCGUCUGUAUCACUUCACCAUUACUUCAUAAGGCACUUAUAUCUACCGGUCCAAUCGUACUGUUAGUUUCGGCUCACCAUUCGCAAAUCAAAUCAGACCAAGCGAGCAGCAUAACACGAAGGCAACACAACCUCUACAUACCUACCUUACUAAAGUCCAUUUCGUCAACCACCUCACAGCAUAAUACGAAAGCAACACAAUCUCUAAUACUAAGCCCAUUCCAUCCAUCACCUCACAGCACAAAUCGCCAAAAAUGGAUCGCAUCGACGUCUUGAAAGCUACAUCGCUUGUUGGCCUCACAUCGUCCCUCUGGCUCUCCGGCAUCUACUUCGGCAGCUCGCAAUUGACAGUUCCACUCCUGUUUGGUCUUCCCGUCGAAACCAGCAGCGCAGCAUUCAAGGACCUGUAUUACAGUGGCGCAAAGACCGUCGUCCCGCUUGCUCUGCUGUCCACAGUGGCCACCGGGGUAGCUGGUUAUCUUGACCCAGAGAAGCGGGUGGGCUAUGCGAUUGCUGCGGUCUCUACUAUUGGAACUCUCGCCUGGACAAGAGCGGCUAUGGUGGGCAAUAUCGACAGAUUGCUUGCGAUUGCGGACGACAAGAAAGUCAAGGAGAAAGUUCGGACUGAGGAGAUGGAUCAGCUUUUGAAACAGUGGCAGUGGAUGAACUCUGUGAGAGCGGUACUGGCGGGUGUUGGAGGUGUGCUUGGACUGCUGGUGACGAGCCGGACACUGUGAAAGAUCUUGCAUCUUUCAUGCUCAGGACAAGCAUCAUGGACGACGUUGACUAGGUGUUAGGGUAAGAGGCUUCCAGAGAGUGAAUAAUGCACAUGUACUGUAUCAAGAAUCGCCAUGCAUUUGAACGACGCUGCC